AUGAACCACAUGGGUUCACCUCCCUCCAUACCAGCAGACCACUCCUCUACUAAGCGAAAGCGCAGUCUGUCGGGUGAGGAACCUAAUCGACAGCCCACACCUCCGGCCAAAGUGCCGAAAACGAAUGCAAAUCAUCUACAGAUCAACUAUUUAGCUCGUCAAUACCAAGAGAUUCUCCCUCUGAUCUCACCUGAAGAUGCCCUCCCAUCCAUACUAUCCCUCAUUUCCGACUAUGAUGGUGUCCUCCACCGCCACGAAUCCAUGGCCGGCAACCUCGGCGCUAGGCCUCUCGGUCCCAUCCUCAUCCAACGCUUCGAACGUAUCUUUGACGGCCCACCACGCGUGCUCAAAACCCACGGCAAAGAAGGCACAUCCGUCGGCUGGCUUGACGUUGUCGAAUUUGCCCGCAACAAACCGGAACAAUUCAAUCUGGAGAAGAUGAGAGAGGGGAACAGGGUCUGCCAGUUCUAUACGAAGCAGUGUCGGGUGGAGAUCAGUGAAGAGGAUUAUGUACUGAUUAAGAGUGGGAUGCCGGAAAAGUUGAUUCCGCCGCAGCCGAUUGGGGAGGAUGAGGAGAAGGAGUUGGGGACGUUGGAGAUUUUGGAGAAGAAUCUGGGUGGGGUUGUGCAACUAGCUGAUCAAGUGUCGGCGAGGGCCAGACAACUAAACCAUAGACUAAAGAAUCGGAAGAACGCCAUACUUGCAAGGCGAGAAGCUGAAGCCGUGACCGUGGAAGGAGCUCCCAGCCCGUCUAUCCGUGGAUUCGAUUUGGGACAGCCGAGGUAUCAUAUCAAUCAUCAAACCAACGGAGGGAAACCACGCGCUUCAGCCUCGCCAAAGUCCGGGUUCAUUGCCGUCAAUUCCAGGUAUCAGCUUCCAGACGACCGGCCAAGUCAAAACAAUGGCUCGCCACAAGAGUAUCCUCGGACUGCUCAACCACUCACCAACGGAGGGAUACCCAUACAUGGAGCUUCAGCAGCGACGCGAGCCGAACUUCUCACCAAAUUUCACACCAGCAGUGAUCGCUCAUCGGGCGAAUUCGAGGCAGCACGUCGUUCCUCGCUUGCGACUUCCCGGCCAUCCCUCCCUCCAAAGCCUAGAAAUUCGUUCAAACCGUACGCGGAUUCGAUGGAGUAUGCGGGAGCACUCCUCAGCGCGGCCUCCCCAGUGCCAAUACCGAACACUCCUGCUUCACUUUUACCAUAUGUCAAACCCUCGCCAACCGAUCGUUUCGAGGAUAGCGGACCAUUUAAAGCUGAUAUGAUGGCACGCAUGGAGCAGCUUAGCCGCGGUGAUAGGGUACAACCGCCCUGUGACCGGUGCCGACGGCUACAUAUGGAUUGUCUGAAAAACCUGACUGCAUGUAUGGGUUGUACGAAGAAACAUGCAAAAUGCAGCUGGAAAGACGUGGAGGAGCAGGAAUUGAAAGAUCAUCCGUUCAUACUACGUAUUCGUAAGGAGGAAGACGGGAAUAGUGAAGGCGAAGGGAGCCGAAGUGGGGGGGAUGGAUCCAGGAAAAGGCAGUACAGUCAGGAGCGGGGAGUACGAGAUGAGGAACUUUUAGGGGAAGAUACCGGUGAUGAGGAAGGUGAAUUGGUCGAGAAACCUGCGCAGGCGCGACGGUACAGCAGCGUGCAACCCACAUCACCGCCUACCGUUGCGGUUGCAAAGGAGACCCUUCCGGAAAGGAUGGAGGGGUUGCAACCCUGUGCUCAUGCCUCACCUGCGCUAGCCACCCAGUCUACAACGACUGAAGUACGGGAAGAAACCACGAACGUGGACGGUUACAAUGGACGUGCGACUGCUUCGCCACCAAAGCUUCCAAUCUCAGACCCAGAUAUCGACCUGAUUUAUAGCACAUCAAGGGAUACAGCCCACACAUCGCCUACCCCAGCACCCAGUUAUCAAGCGCCAGAAGCCAACAUGCAUCGGCACAAAGCCAACGGCGUUACGUCCUACUCGGAACCAAAAAAGGGGAACAUUUACACCCAAUUCAACAGUGCUACGCGCCAAGACCUACCAAAGCCAGCCCAAGACAAGCCUUCAUGGGUCUACACCGCCGGCAGUGAGCCCGUACAACCUGUAACAAAAGCAGUGGACGAGCCUCAACGGUCGCCAGAACCACAGGUGUCAAACUCCUCAACACAGGCCACGAUGGAGCAGAGCCACCAUGAUGAACAUGAAGAGAAGAGGGAACAUUCACCUCCGCCAAUGCCAAGAGAGACUUUGCAAAGGCCGCCAUCGUCGACGCCUGGUGGGACGGUGCCAGAGAUCGGGGUGCAGAGGAUGGGAGUGCAGAGAAUGGGUAUGCAGACAUGA